GAGAGCGAGAGAGAGAGAAAAAGAUAUCUACCUUAGGGAAGAACCUCAGAGAGAGGGAGGGAAGGAGAGGACGGGUAGGAGCGUGUGUGCAUGUGUGUUCGAGACACUUAUUCUCUUAACUACUAGGAGACAGACACACUUUCCUGGCCCGACUCAAAGAAGGGGGGAAAACAGGAGGAAGAAUUUUUUUUUUCUUCUUCCCUCAAUAUCAUUUUAAUUUUCCCCUCAUUCAACAAUCAAGCUGCCCUAAAGCGCCUCUUCCUGGAAACUCUUCUUCACUGCCUACUGGAAACUCCUAUGUAUUGAUCCGCUUGCCCUCUCUCACACACACGCACACACACACACACACACACACCACAAGGCUUACCUCAUGGAUUUGUAUCUGAUUGGAUAUUUGAUGUGUGUGUGGCUGUCCAGCUCGCGGGUGCUCGGAGGCUAUCCCAUCUGGUGGUCGCUGGCCCUCGGGCAGCAGUACUCGUCUCUGGGCUCCCAACCGCUGCUGUGCGGCUCCAUCCCCGGCCUGGUGCCCAAGCAGCUGCGCUUCUGCCGCAACUACAUCGAGAUCAUGCCCAGCGUCGCCGAGGGCGUCAAGCUGGGCAUCCAGGAGUGCCAGCACCAGUUCCGGGGCCGCCGGUGGAACUGCACCACCAUCAAGGACAACCUCGCCAUCUUCGGCCCCGUGCUGGACAAAGCGACCAGGGAGUCGGCGUUCGUGCACGCCAUCGCCUCGGCGGGCGUCGCGUUCGCCGUGACGCGCUCCUGCGCCGAGGGCACGUCCACCAUGUGCGGCUGCGACUCGCACCACAAGGGCCCGCCGGGCGAGGGCUGGAAGUGGGGCGGCUGCAGCGAGGACGCCGAGUUCGGCGUGCUGGUGUCGCGGGAGUUCGCCGACGCCCGGGAGAACCGCCCCGACGCCCGCUCGGCCAUGAACCGGCACAACAACGAGGCGGGACGCACGACCAUCCUCGACCACAUGCACCUGCGCUGCAAGUGCCACGGCCUGUCGGGGAGCUGCGAGGUGAAGACGUGCUGGUGGGCGCAGCCCGACUUCCGCAUGCUGGGCGACUACCUGAAGGACAAGUACGACAGCGCCUCGGAGAUGGUGGUGGAGAAGCACCGCGAGUCGCGCGGCUGGGUGGAGACGCUGCGGGUCAAGUACGCCUUCUUCAAGCACCCGACGGAGCGCGACCUGGUCUACUACGAGGGCUCGCCCAACUUCUGCGAGCCCAACCCGGAGACGGGCUCGUUCGGGACGCGCGACCGCGUCUGCAACGUGUCGUCGCACGGCAUCGAGGGCUGCGACCUGCUGUGCUGCGGCCGCGGCCACAACACCCGGACUGAGAAGCGCAAGGAGAAGUGCCACUGCAUCUUCCACUGGUGCUGCUACGUCAGCUGCCAGGAGUGCGUGCGCGUGUACGACGUGCACACGUGCAAGUGAGGGGGAGGAGGAGGAGGAAGAGGAAGAGGAGGAGGAGGAGGAGGCCGGAGUGAUGCCCGCCCGCCCGUCCACUCCCCUGCUUCUCCGGACGCACAGAUAAACACACUGGCGCCCUCAUGCCAAACGACUCCUCCAUCUUUCAUUGUAAAAAAAAGAAAAGAAAACUCCUGCACUAUAGAAUCUGUCUUCCAAAACAUCUUCAUCCAUUUCCAUGAUAUCUGAUCACAGAGUUUUGACCUGAAGGGAAGUUCAGAGUUGGACCACGACCCCCUGACCUCUGCCCCCUUCCCUCCCCUCUUGUCUUUAUUUAUUUCCCCCCUCCAUGCCGACACGAUGCCUGUGGCAUGUUACAGUAACACUUUUUUUUUUUGCCUGUGAGAUUGAAAGCAGUAAAUGAAAAAAAAAAAAUACAGAAAAAAAAACGUUUUCAGACUCUUCUGCUUUUGAAUUAAAAGAAGCAUUUUCUAACUAACACCUCACUUCUCCGGCCAGUCGUGGUCGUUUUUUACCCUUAUUUUAUUUUAUUUUAUUUUAUUUUAUUUUAUUUUAUUUUAUUUUAAACUAAACCAACCUCUAAACCGUGAUAACUGAACACGUGGGCAGCAUCUGGGGGAGGAACCAUCGCUUUGUGACUACUGAACUGAACUGAACUGAACUGAAGAGCAGGUCGGCUGUCCGAGGUCCUGCCCUGUCCAUCAAAAAAAAAACUACUGAGCUGAUAAAACCCCUCAGAGUAUAUAUAUAUAUAUAUAUAUAUAUAUAUAUAUAUAUAUAUGCUACAACCCCCUGAUUUAUAUCCCUGCAUUUCUGAAAUAACCCCAAUGGGCUUGGGAGUGGAGGUAUGCAGGAGGAAGGGAGCGAGCGUGUGUGUGUGUGUGUGUGUGUGUGUGUGUGUGUGUGUGUGUGUGUGUGUGUGUGUGUGUGUGUGUGUGUGUGUGUGUGUGUGUGUGUGUGUGUGUGUGUGUGUGUGUGUGUGUGUGUGUGUGUGUGUGUUUUUCCCCUACACCUGUAUAUGUAUAUGCACUAUUCAGCUACAAACAACUACAGGUGGUAAAAAAAUUUGAGCAUUGUUUAUACGAGCAACUUUUUUUUUUUUUCUUAUUUUUUCCCCGUCAGUUUCUUAUGAACGACAAUUUUGUUCCUGAUUUCCAACAUUGUUCAGUCUGAAGUUAAAAAUACAACCACGUUCAAUUUGUACGAGAGAGCAGAAGAUCAUUUAUCAAAUUUUUUUUUCUUUAUCUAACACCAAUGCGUUCAUCAGGGUCGUCUCAGAGACUUUAGGCAAAUCUUUCUUUUUAUGACUGCAAUAAAAAAAAAUCAAACACGAGGAAGCGGACGUGUUGACAUGUGGAGACCAGGGGGAGAUUCUGAUUGGCUGUCACUUCCUGCCUUCCUUCAUUCUCUCCAUAGUUUCCCCUCAGUGAGACUUGUUGUACUCUUGUCAACGCUCCCCCCGAAAAAAAAACACUUGGAGAUAUUGAAAGAACAAUACAAUGCAAUUUCCUCAGAAUUAUUAUUAAUGAUGGUUUUUAAAGAGAGGAAAUGGUUUUGAAAAACUCGAGGAAAAAUUAUUGUGAUUUUUUUGGGGUGGACAGAAAAAAAAAAACCCAUUUCAAAUGAAUCAUCUGAUUCUGAAAACAUUUAAGAUGAAGACAGUUGUGUUCAGGUGUGAAUGUGUGUGUGUGAGUGAGUGAGUGAGUGAGUGAGUGAGUGAGUGAGUGUGUGUGUGUGUGUGUGUGUGUGUGUGCGUGUACGUGCUCAGAUGUUUCCAUCUCGACAGUCUCACCUGCUCCCUAUUAAAGAAUUAUAUUUAUUAUAAUUCCAUAUAUUAAUUAUAUUCAACAACAAAAAACACAAGUGACCCAGUCGUGUCCAGGCAGACGUCUCUCUCUCUGCUCAGCAUUAACAUCUUCUACACAGCCCCCCCGACUCCUCCCCCUCUCCCGACUCCUCCCCCUCCCGCUAUAUCCAAAGUUUUGUACAAAUGUUUUAAAGUGAAUAAUUCCCUUUUUAUUUUAUAAUCGUAAAUGUUAUGUUUUUAUAAAUAUUAUUUAUUAUACAAUGUAUAUAUCUGUAUGACUGAGCUAAGAUUAUAUAUUUGAAGAACAAAACUG